AUGAGCGCAACAAACUACGUUCAAGGCGACGACAUGGAGAAGGCGCACUCAACCCACGAGCUCGAGCAUGAGGCAGUUGACAAGAUGGGCAAUGAGCCGCGGGUAGUCCUUACCGAGGAAGACAACCGUCGCCUCUGCCGCAAGACCGACAAACGCAUCCUCGCCAUCCUCAUGUGGAUCUACUUCUUGCAGAUCUUCGACAAGGUCGUAUUCGGUCUCGGUAACGUCUUCGGUCUCAGUACCGAUCUCGCCCUCACCGGUGACCAGUACAGUUUCGCUGGAGCCAUCCACGCUAUCGCUCAACUCGCCUGGCAGCCCUUCUCGUCCUACAUCAUCGUCCGAAUCCCCGCUCGUCAACUCAUGACCUUCCUUGUCUUUGCGUGGGGCUGCUCGGCUGCUUGUAUGGCCGCCGCGACCAACUAUCAAGGGAUCUACAUCACUCGGUUCUUCCUCGGACUCUUCGAGGCCGGCUGUCUCCCACUCUUCUCCAUCAUCACCGCUCAAUGGUACCGUCGCUCCGAGCAGCCCCUCCGUGUCGCCUGUUGGUACGGGACCAACGGUAUCGCCACCGUCGUCGCUGGGAUUCUUGCCUUUGGACUCGGCCAUAUUAACGGAAGCUUCAAGGCUUGGCAGGCUCUCUAUCUCUUUGCUGGUGUCAUCACCGUUGCCUCGGCCCCUCUCGUCUGGUUCUUCCUCGACAAUGACGUCCAAUCCGCCCGCUUCUUCACCGAGGAGGAGAAAGUCAUGGCCGUCGAGCGGCUCCGCGCCAACCAGACCGGUACCGGAUCGCACGAGUGGAAGUGGGACCAAGCUCGCGAGACUUUCUUGGACCCCAAGACCUACCUCUGGCUCGGUAUUGCCAUGCUUCCCAACCUUGGCGCAUCCGUCACUGGUGUCUUUGGACCUACCCUGAUUCGCAACUUUGGCUUUGACAAGUUCAUUACCACCCUCCUCACUAUGCCCUUCGGCGCCCUCCAGACCAUCGCCAUCCUCAUCGGAUGCUACUGUGCUCAAAAGGUGUCCAACAAGUCCGGCAUCCUCUCGUUCCUCAUGGCGAUCGCCGUCGGUGGUUGUGUCAUGCUCUACACCCAAUCUGCCGCUGCCCUCGGCGUUCCCACUCUCACUCAGGCCCAGCAGUCCAUCUCUCUUGGCGGCUACUACCUCCUUGCUUUCCUUUACGGUGGAAACCCCCUUAUUGUCUCUUGGAUCAUCGCCAACACGGCUGGGCAGACCAAAAAGUCCGUCGUCAUGGCACUUUUCAACGCUGCUUCUGCGGCUGGUAACAUCGUCGGCCCCCUCCUCUUCACUGCCGCAGACGCUCCGCGAUACGUUCCUGGUAUCCGUGCCGUUUUGAUCAUAUUCAUCAUUUUGAUCGGCCUCAUCGCUCUCCAGGUUGUCGUUCUCUUCUUCCUCAACAAGCGGCGACAAAGCCAGCGGGUCGCCAAAGGACUACCGAAAAUCAUCCACGAUACAUCCAUGGAGGCCAAGUUCAAGGCGUACGGAGAGGACGAAGGAGCUGCGGGUACGAUGGGUGAGGAGGGUCUGCAUGAUGUCUCGGACAUGCGCAACCCGCUGUUCACGUACGUGUACUAG